AAUCAUACCAUAUUACCAAAGUACCCUUAUGAACAUUUGACUAAUUUUACAGCCACCGAAUAAUUUGUAGUUGUUGACACCCUAAGCGACUAUCAUAUUGUAGGGGUCAAUCCAUUACCCACCGACCGAUCCCUCCCUCAUCGUCUCCUCAACCUUUCUUCUAUUUAAAUACCAAUCUAGUGUCGGCAAGUACGUAUCUCUUCUGCAAUUCAGCCAAUUCUUGAGCUUUAUUUCAACCUACAGACAUGUCUCAGACUGUUGUUCUCAAGGUGGGUAUGUCAUGUGAAGGCUGCGUUGGGGCUGUGAAAAGGGUUCUGGGAAAAAUGGAAGGUGUAGAGUCAUAUGACGUUGAUCUGAAGGAGCAAAAAGUGACAGUCAAAGGCAAUGUGCAGCCAGAAGCAGUUCUGCAGACCGUGUCCAAGACUGGCAAGAAGACUUCCUUCUGGGAUGAAGCAGCAGCAGCAGCAGGAACCGAAGCAAAGCCCCAGGAACCCGUUUCUGUUGCUUAGUUAUCUUUGCUCUUUUUUUAUUUGUGGGAAGAAAUGUGUCAUUUGGUUAGGUUGGUAACCUUGCCAAAAUAGGAUUUCUGACUGUUUUAAGACUUCUAUGUAUGAAAUAAUUUCUUGGGUGCUUGUUAUAUUUUGUGGACUUACAUGGAAGUAGAAAAUACGCUUUGCUGCGAGUCUCAUCUA